ACAAGAUCUCCAAGUUGCUAAGUUGACCAGGCUGGGCUUUGUCUUGUGGCCUUCCUGCCUUGGCCUCCCAAAGUGCUGGGACCACAGGGGUGCGCUACCAUGCUGGAUGUACCUUCUUUCAUGUGGUUUCUUACCGUGAAGCAACGCAGGCAGAUAUGUAUGUCAUGUAUGUAAGCUUUCACUGUAUAUAGAGGGGGAACUGGGGUGCCAGGCCCUGAGUUCACUCCCAAGUACUACCACAAACAGCUUUCCUGCCGCCCCUUACCCGCUUUGCAGGCUUCCAAGAAGACUUCUUUGUCCAUGCACACGUGAGUCUGUACCCCUCUUGGUGUACUGUAACCGGUUGCCGGCUAAGCACAUUUUUCCUCACCGUGCCUCCUGGAGGUCAUUCCACAUCUGUUCACCUGGGUCUUUUCACACCUGUGGAGCAGGGCUGUAUCUGCCCAUAGAGAUAGGCAUGUAGGUCGUUUCCAGUCUCGUGCUUUCAGUAAUGCUACAAUGAAUAUUUCAGUAUUUUAACAAAUUUUUUUUUUUUUGGUAUUGGGGAUCAAACUCGGGACCUUGCGCCUGCCUUGUAGGCGCUGGAACCACUGAGCUAAAUCCCCAGCCCUAACAAAUUUUUUAAAGAAACUCUGUGAGCCAGGCUCUGUUCAGUGUAUUUGGAGUACAUCACUGAACAGACAGAACAAGUUCACGGAGAUUAUGUUCUCAGUGAAGAGGAAGACAACCAUCGGCACACUAAAAGCAAGUCAUAGGGAAGUCGUAGGUUAGAAGAGAGGGGUGGGCUAGCACAUUCUAGGUAGCAGUAUGCCUUGUGUGCUUAGUGAAAUGAAGCCAGCGUGCCUGAAGUAGAUUCUUUGUGCACAUGGGCAUUUUUGUUGGUUAAAUUCUUAGCAGAAGAAUUAUUAGGUGACUUGAUUGGAUCCCUUUUCAAAUUCUCUUACUUUGAAGCACUAGGAGAGAAAAGUAGUCCUUCUCUAAAGGAAAUGGUGAGCAAAUAAAGCUGAAACAACUUCAGGAAAUCCAAAGAAUAAAAUACGACAGCUUCUAUAUAAUUUGAGAAUCCCAGAGCUGCCCCUGCUCCCAAUCCCAAUAGGCACAACAGGAAGACAUACUGAAUGCCAUCACACCUCUCUGGAGGUGACUACUUUGAUGACCUGGCAUUUCCUCCCACCCUCCCAGGUCUACCUGGCAGGAUCCAUCUUGUCCCUAGCGAGGGAAGCAAGCACGAAUGCCAGUUCUUUUCCUUUUCCUGGGCACACCAGGGUCUUCCUACUUGGUUCCAAUUUCUGAUAUAAAGAUGUUCGUUUUGGGGUAACUCCAAGGUGAGGGUGACUGGUUUGGGGAAGUGGCCCUGGGAGGUCGAUGUCAGUGGUGAGAUGAGUGUGUGGGGCCCAGGAGCAGGUUGCAAUGAGCACUGACUGGGGCCAAGGCCUUUCAGCAGACCUGGACGUGAAUGUAACAGAGCAAAGUCGUGCCCCCUUGUAAAAACCGGGGGAGAGGCUUUCUAAUCUUCGUCAACUGUAGGAAUGAAAUAGUACAGCGUGUAUGGUGAGGGGUAGGCAUGAAACUGGAUCAAAUUAUACUAGACAAGUAGGUUUUGCUUGCUUGUGAAGCACUUUGAGUGCCUGCCAACCAAUCUGUCUUCUGUAAGGAAAACUGGUAAUCCAUCAAAGUGUGUGUCGGGGUGGCCUUGGGAACUGAACCCAGAGCCCUACACGUGGUUAACUACAUCCCCACCCCUUUUAAAAAAUUUUAUUUUGAGACAGAGUCUUAUUAAGUUGCCCCAGCUGCCCUCAAACUUGCUAUCCUCCUGCCUCAUCCUCCUAAGUAUCUGGGAUUGCAGGCACACACCACCAUACCCAGCACAUCAAAGGAUUCUUUACUAGGCUUGUGACAAGAUGAGAUUGUAUUGACAGACGACUGGGGCCAGAUGAUGGUGCUCUGAGAGACGAGUUAAGCCAGAAAGACUAGUUAGUCCACUGCAGCAACCAUCCAGCUAGAUGUCAGAGACACAUUGAACUGUAAGCAUGUAUUACCUGUGUGCCUAUGACCUGCCAGGUACUAGAGCUGCAUCAGUGGAGCUGUCAUUCUGGAGAGGGAGAUGGAAAUACACGUGGAAUGUAUAGUGCGUCAGAUGCUGAUAAAGCAGAGAAGUAGGGAAGGGACGGGAGGACUGAGUAGGGGCAGUUGCAGUUUCAAGAGUGGUCAGGGAAGGCAGCCUUACCUAUGUGACGUUUAAGUGACGACUAAAAGCAGCAGGCCCAGAGCAGGCAAAGAGAGGUGGCUUUGGGAGAAUCAACCGGACUGAGACAGUAAAAUGAUGGGAGCAGAGAGAAGGGUGAGUCCAAAAGGAGAGGCUUUAAUUAAGGCUGACACAGGUCCACCAGAGACCUGCUACCUAAGCUGCACGCAUCCCCUGCAGCCCCCAGGGCCUGAGAAUGGUGAGACACGUCUCCUCCAGUGUCUUCACCUGACAGCCUGUCUCCCCAGGCCCUGCAUCAUCCGAAAUGCCCUGCAGCACUGGCCAGCUCUUCAGAAGUGGUCCUUCCCCUACUUAAGAGCCACUGUGGGCUCCACGGAGGUGAGUGUGGCUGUGACUCCAGACGGUUAUGCAGACGUGGUGCGAGGGGACCGCUUUGUGAUGCCCGCGGAGCGCCACCUGCCCCUGAGCCAUGUGCUGGAUGUGCUGGAGGGCCAGGCCCAGCACCCAGGAGUCCUCUACGUGCAAAAGCAGUGCUCCAACUUGGCCACUGAGCUGUCCCAGCUGCUGUCCGACCUGGAGCCCCAUGUGCCUUGGGCUUCCGAGGCGUUGGGAAAGAUACCUGAUGCUGUGAACUUCUGGCUUGGGGAGGCAGCUGCAGUGACAUCUUUGCACAAGGACCACUAUGAGAACCUGUAUUGUGUGGUGUCUGGAGAGAAGCACUUCCUGUUACAUCCGCCCAGUGACCGGCCCUUCAUCCCCUAUGAGAUGUACACACCAGCAAGCUACCAGCUGACUGAAGAGGGCACCUUUAAGGUGGUGGAUGAAGAAGCCAUGGAGAAGGUGCCCUGGAUCCCCCUGGACCCCCUGGCUCCAGACCUAGCCCGGUACCCGAGUUACAGCCAGGCCCAGGCUCUGCGCUGCACAGUGCAGGCUGGCGAGCUGCUCUACCUGCCAGCUCUGUGGUUCCACCAUGUCCAGCAGUCCCAUGGUUGCAUAGCUGUGAACUUCUGGUAUGACAUGGAGUAUGAUCUCAAGUACAGUUACUUCCAGCUGCUUGACUCCCUCACGAAGGCUGCAGGCCUCAACUGAUGGUGCCCUGUGGACACUACCAAGGACAGCGCAGAAGAAAGGGAGUCCCUCCUGGCCUGGUCAACUGCAGAGAUAACCUAGGGUUUGAGUACUCGUUGUUGCUGGCCCAGGACCAGCAAGGCUUGGGAUGCAGUCAGGAGGAGCUGGGCAGGUCUGAGUGAGGGUGCCAGGAAGUUGCCACAUAGUUGAGGAGGAGUGGGGACUGCGUGCAGCAGUCACUCACGCUGUGACCUUGGGCGCAUCACCUCCUGUUGGCACUGGUGUCCUGGGCCCAAAGCAGAGAUAAUAAUGGUCCACCUCAGGGCUGUUGUGGGGAUGGAGAUGGUAUCUGGGAGGCCAGCAUGGCCAGCCGAGGACGUGGUCAAUAAAAGUAUCUGUAAUUCA